AUGAAAAACCUCAAUCCUGAACCGACAGAAGACAUCCCCAAGCAACAUACCCCAAUAACGCAGCCCAAGAUGAGUGACCUGGAAGACGACGGCAUCCUCAACAUUGAAGUCUCCGACGCCGAGGACACGCCUGCGGAGAAAAAGGCCAAGCGCACCGGGCAGUCCGAGGCGGAAUUUCAGGCUGUGCGGGCGACCUACGUGACCAAGGUCCAAAACGGCAAUAUCUACCAGCAAAUCAAGCUGCCGCUCCAGCCCGGCGCCAGUAAGAUGGACAUCCAGGAACUGCUACACGCUGUCGAGGAGCUCUACUUUUUCCGGCGGUACGAGGAAGCCAUCGACUUUACCGCACAGAUCCUGCAGGGUGAUUCGAAAGCGGCCCUGGAUAGUGACUCCGUGCAACUGCUGGAAAAGUACGAGGCCAAGUGCAAGGUCAAGCAGGACGCGCUGAAUACGCCCACCCAAGUAUAA